UAGUGAGGUAGCUGAUGUACGUACAUAUGGGCGGGGCGGUGGGCUGGGUUGUUUUUGUGUGGGGCUGGCGGGAGGGACAGUGACAGACAGCCACGGGUGGGGUGGGUCGGGCCGUAGAAUGAAUGAAUGAAUGAAUCAUGCAGGGAAGACUGGAUGGAUACAUACCUGCCUCUCGGCGAGACAGGCUGUGUUUUCUUGUCACUCACUGGCAGAAAGUCGGUAUGUAUGGUUGCACGUGGUCUCCGUGCGUGGACGUCUGUCUGUCUGACUGUCUGUCUGUCUGUCCGUCUGUCUGUCUGCCCGUGUGUCGGUCGCUGUGUCGCUGUGUUUGGUGGAGUUCUUAGACACGGAUAAUGUCUAAGAACUCGCCUCCCUCAUCACUCAAUGCUGUGAUGUGACAGCAAAACGCACACACAACAGAUAGACGCCCAUGCACCCAUCCAUCCAUCGGUCAUGAUGUGAGUGGCCACACCUGACCUGAGAAUGUCGAAAUCGUCUGCCAUUUCGUCUUGAUCUCUGCGAGAAGGGAAAGACCGUGACGCACCUGAACUCACAAUACACACGAACGACCAAUGUACAAUCCACCAACCCACCACCCUUGAUGCUGUGCAUUAGCGGGCCAUCGCCCUCGCCCUCACUUCUCAUGAGAUGGUGUGGGCCCCUGCGCUGCUUGUCGUUCGUGUCGGGUGAGCUGUGCCUGGCAUAAUGCUGCUGGCUGCCCGGCACAUGAUCUUGCCGCCGCACCCCAUGCUGGGGCUCGGGCUGCUGCUGCUGCUGCUGCUGCGCGACGGGUGGGGGGCCCAUGGUGCGGCGCUGCUGGUAGCUCGACUGUGGCUGUGGCUGUGCUUCCAUGGCAUCGUCAUCGCCACUGCCCGUGUGGUUGUGGUCGACAGAAACCGGUCUGGUGCCAAUGGGUGUGGGAUUGCCGGCAGGAUGCAGCAAGGAGGAGGCCUUCUCGUCACUGCUCAUGGGGUGAUCGUGGCUCUCGUCGCUUCUUUUCUUGUGCGAUGAUGUGCGGGGCGACUGCAGGUCAUCAUCGGGCAUCUCGCUGUCGGCCGCCACCGAUGGACAUGCCGCCAUGGCAGCCUCGCGGAUCACCUGCUUGACCGAUGACAUGUCCUGGAUACGGAGAGACACACAGGGCAGGGGAGUGGAGACACUGCUUGCCUUGCCAGUGGCUUGGAGGGUGAUGAUAAAGUGGGUGCAUAGCAUACGGGCAGCUUUGUGAAGUCUGUGUCGCGGAAUGUCUUGACAAGGUUGUUGUACACCUGGGCCCUGCAGGCCAGGCAGACACGCACAUGCACAUGCAGAAGCAAGAUUAACGCUCCAUUUCGUUUGUUGGGCUGUGUGUGUGUGUGCGUACCUCACCUUCGUUUCUGUUGCUGGACGAGUUCGGGCUGUUGCUCUUGGCCAAGUCGCUUGAUGGGCCGGCCGCAGAGAAAAGAUUCCUUGAUCUCACGAGCCCUGACACACACAGGCAGCCCUGUUGUGUUGUGAGGUGGCCUGUCUGUCCGUCUCCUUGCCUGAUUAUGGCAGCAGAGGAGAUGCCCUCACGCUCGGCACACAACAAACCCUGACACACACACACAGAUGUGCAAUGCACCCACCAUUCAGGGAACCUGUGUCUCGUGUGCGUGCAUACCAGUGAUGUGGAUGCUUCCUCUGUCCAUGGUUUCAGGUCGAAGAGGAACACACAGUCGCUGCGCUGCUCGUCGCAGUGCACUCGCAUCGCAUACACACGAAGGAACGACGGCAGCGGCUCACCCAACUGCAGAAUGGAUUGCACAAAGGAUGCACUGUCUGGGUGACACUGGUGGCAUCACGCCCAUACACCCCACCAGUUUCUGCUUGAGAAUCUCGUGGUAGUGCGAUGUGGCCAACACCUUCAGACUGGUUGCAGACAGCUCUUGCUGCACAGACACACGCGCACAAAUAAACACCAGACACCAACAAUGUGCAACGGGGUCGCCUGGCGUCCGGUAGGCACACACAUACAUCGAGUGUGGAUGCGAUCGAGCAGAGGUGUGACAGGACGCCCGCUAGCAGUGCGAUGCCGUCGAUGCUCGAAGUGCCCUUCCCAAACUCAUCCAACAACAGCAGAGAGCGAUCUGAGUAAUGGGACACAGGACCGGGUGUCAGGUUUUCCUCUGCGCGUGUCUGACUGAGUGAACAAAUGGAUUACUUGUGCAGUGGUGGAGUGCGAAGGACAGCUGAGUGACAUCGAUGCCGAACGACGAGCCCUCCACAGACGCUGCCAUUCGCCAGCCAGGAGAUGCGGGUGUCUGCCCAUGAGUGUGUGCCUCACCUACCGCUCUCGAGGCUCUGCAGCCUCGUCAGUAUCUUGUCACAGUAGCCUAUGACAGCCCUCUGCUCGCAGCCAAGGCGAGACACAGCAACAGUAAUGAGUCGAGCUGGUAUGUAGGGCUGCGCAUACUGACCUUCGCCGGCACGAAGGACCCGAUGUGCUGCACGCACAAAGGGAGGGAUACAUGACGAGUGGGACGGCUGUGUGUGUGCCGUGUCCUCUCUGUUUUCCUACCGCCAGGAAUGUGAUAAUGCCGACCAUCUUGAUGUACACCUGCUCGUACAGGAAUACAAAUGCGUCGAUAUGCCAUCACCAUCAUGAACGCGCGGGUGGCAUCUACCGUUUUGCCUGAUGCAUUCGGCCCGAGCAGCAGAUAAACGAGACCUCCAUGGUUGGCCAAAUCGGCACAAUCCACACUGGAAAAGGAAAUGAAGAAGGAGAUUGAGUAUAUGGGUGUCUGUCUGUCUGUCUGUCAGCUGUGCCCCCAGCCCACCCGUAUUUGUUGAGCAGCUCUUGUGUGACUUCACCGCCCAUGAUGCAGUCGUUGGGCACCACAGAUGACGUGUUCACCAGCUCCUGCAGCCAUAUGCACACAGCCGAAAGCUCUACAGCUAUUUCUCUCUCUCUCUCUCUCUCUCUCUCACACACACACACACACACGCACCAGCAGGGGAUGUCUGCCUUUGUCGAUGACAAUGAUGUUGUCGUUGGUCAUGACAGGCCUGUGAUGACAUCCGCACACACCCACACCCUCAGUACACGUGUGAGUGAGACGAGCGCAAAGGACCGUCUCCAGUUGAAUGUUUUGGCGACUUUCGAGAGGGCUAACAAACAGUCCAGACUGCACACCAAACCUGACGGAGACACAGGAUGGCCUGUGCAUCCACGUACGCUAUCCAUUAAUUAUUGCUGGGGGCUGCGCGCACUGUUGACGUCUGCGAGUUGGCUUGUGAGAGGCAGGAUCUUGUUUUGCAGAUCUCUUGCCAGUUCGAACUCGACCUCCCCCAACUUGCUGUGCAGGUCUCCGAAGUACGCGUCCAGCUCACGAGUGCGGCCGUUCUGCACGGAACACACAGCCAGAUGGGGACGGGACCCUCGUGUGUGUGUGCGUGUGUGCGCGUGUUUGUGUGUGGCCAGCAAGUAAGUCACUCUGAAAUGCGUCUUGCCUCCGUCCGUGUACACAUACUGCCAGCUGCAAUGGAAAGAAAGGUGGGCCGGUGUCUGCCCGUCCGUGAGUUCGGUACCAGUCAGGGUGGCCUUCGGGCAGGGAUACAGGUGGGUCGGUGGUGACUGCUGCACUGCUGCUGCUGUCGUUGCCCUCAUUCUCAGCGGGGACAGGAGGGCUCACCUCCAUCAGAAACCCUUUGACACGCAAACACAUGCACACGCAAGUAUGUCACAGAAGGAUGUGAGCAAGCGUGGACAUGUAUAUGUAUCGUACUACCCACCCAGAUGCGGGCUCCAGAUCACGUCGAGUGAGGAUGGCAUGUAGACAAGUGCAUUGGAAUGCUCGCCUACUAGUCGCUCCUUUUCGCGGUUGCCGAGGAUGUCCAUGAACUGAUCGAUAAAUGCGUUAAGUGAACCUCUCUCUCUUCAGUCAUGUUUGUGUCGCUUGUCUGUGCAAUUCGUACCUCCUCCAUGCCGUCAACAGCACGUACGAGAUCGUCAUACUUCUCAGAUAUCCCACUGAGGGCCACAAGAGGGAAACAGGGACGCAUCGGUGGGAGAUGUGUGCGUCAUCCUUGCACGCAAACAUACCUGUUGAAUGAGAGUCGCCCCUUCUUUGCGCUGUCUUGCAGGUCGAUGGUGCCGGAUAUGAUCCCCUCAACAAACCUGAACAACACACCAGCCCACGAGCAGCGCCAUGAACCACCGAGCCUCGCUUCCAUUCUGUGGUCAUAUUGUAUGUACGAUAUCAACUCGGUGUGCCUGCAGAUCUGACAAGGGGAGGGAGGGAGGGAGGGAGACGCAUUGAUGUAUGUGUGCAGGUGUUUUGUCGUGCACAGGUGUGCUGACGUCUCUGAGAAUGGGAACUUUGCGCAUCAAAUGCGGGAAAGCGCUGAUCGCCCUGUGGAUCUGCUGCACGUGACCUGGCCAAGAGAGAGAGAGACGUGGAUACAGGUAUGUAUCAGCCCUCACGAGGGCGUGCGUGACUUGUGUACGUACAUGCGAAGUUGUAGAGGAUGCGAUGGUCCGCCAGCUUGGGCUGAAACGUCGAAAACCUGCCAACGACAUCGGCAUUGUUGGUGUCUUCGCGUUGCCGGUGGGUGAGGUGAGCACCUAGCGAGUGUGCGUGAAAUAUCCCUGAGCGGGCGGAUGUUGUUGAGCAUUUCUUGGUUGAGCUCCUGCGCGUUGGCAGCCAGGAACGCCUCAAUCGCCGAUGCACGAGUGCUGAUCUCGAGGUCAUUGCGGCUCGGCUAUUGCAAGCACAACACACCACACACUGAAAGACCAGUUGCGAUGAAUUGCACAUGCUGGCCAAAACCACCUUGAGGAACCACUCCUUCAUCUUGGCCUUGCCGCCUGCGAAUGCGCAGUAGCUGGAGCAGAGUGCGAACAAAGACAAACCCUCCUUGGCCCGGCCUCUGCCCUUGAUCUGGGACGGCUGCACACACACACAGAUGGGGGUCGUUCAUGUGUGUGUGUGUUUGGUGUUCGUUGAUCGGCUGACGUGUCGCUCCUCAUCGAACAGCUGAAGGGCUUUGUGUGUUUGCUGGUCGACGAACAGCGUAGAGUCGAAUGAGAACGACCUCACCUUCGUCACCAACGGCAUGCCAAUCUCUGGAACACACACAACACCAACCACAGACCGUCAACCCUCAUCAUAUGCCCGGAUCCUCUCUCUGUAUUCAUGUGCACACCGACCGUCCAGUUCGGCGUUGAUGCGAUGUCGCGACAUGAAGUUGAGGAGCCCACCGGCUGCCCGCACCGCCUCAGUCUGCGAGAGGUCGAUGAGGCCCUCCAGCGCCAGCUUCCGCUGCUGGGAAGUCGAAUCUAGCCGACACAUGACAUACAUACGUGACCCACCGCGCACCGCACCGCACCGCACAGAACCCCCAUCAAUGACACUGCGGUGUGCACGGCAUAUGGCGUGUGCAUGGAUGGGUACCUCUGCCCAUCUUGAGGCAUGAGAGCCCGAGAGAGUUGACGGCAUUGAUGUCUGCCAGGACAAAUAGACAGACAGACAGACAGACAGACAGGUGCCUGCUGCCUGCUCAUUCAUUCAUUCAUUCAUUCAUUGUGCGUGUGAGUUGACCUACAGGAGAAGUCAGCGGAUUUGGAAACGAAGACCUUGAGCGAGUCCUCAGUGGUGGCCACGUCGCCGUCCAUGACUGCAUGAGCAACCAACCCAAAUAAACCAGACCCGUCAACGCGCUGUCGCCUGUAUGUGUUUCGGUCACUGACGAGGCUCUCUGGCUGCUUCCACCACCUCAGGGUCCGUUUUGGUCGGGACUGAUUCAUUGAUGACAGGCAAGCACAAACAAAACAAAACAAAGCAAAGCAAGGCAAGCAUGGGGUGUCGAGGUGUGCUUGCCUUGCUUUGUUUGUGCUUUGCUUGAGUACUUACUGGAGAUGGAGCAGGGCAUCGGGUCUUGUCCGUCAGAGAGCAGCAUGACCUUCAACGCUCGAAGCAAGUCACCCUUGACAUGGUGACCCUCGGCAAGAUUUAGAACGCCAUCGUUGGUGAACAAGUAGGCCACGCUGCACAAUCAAUACACACGGACGAGAGAUGGAUGAAUGAAACAGAGAGGAACGGUAUGCAUGAGCUGGCUGGAGAUAUGGUGUGGUGCCGUCAGUCAAUCAAUCAAUCAGCGUCCGUCCAUCAAUGCAUUACAUACCCGAGCAUCCCUCGCUGGUUGCCGCAGCAGGCGAUGACCAGCUCACCGGGCUGAUCCUCGAUGUCGGCAUUGAGUCCCUCAGCCUCACCAGCACCGCCCUCCUCCCCCACUCCGCCCGUCAGAGGCACCAUCGGGCUGGACGCCCUCGACGUCUGCCGCUGCCGCUUGGGCGCCUGGCCAUCGGCUGACUGUUGUGCCUCGGCCGUUGCGUGGUGCGAUGAGAGGCCGCCGCUCUCUCUGACCGUGUGAUCGCGAGGCCGGGGGGGGAGGGCUGGUGUGACGGUCGGCGGGAUGUGCGAUGAUCUCACCCCGCCAUGGGGUGUGCCGGUGCCGCGGGGAGUCGCCGACACGCUGCCGCCAAGUAACAUGAUUUAGCCACCGCUGAACGACAAACCCAUCAAAGCC